AUGGCAUCAUCGCCAAGCGCCGUCGGCGCGCGCGCCGCGGCCAAGCAACUCAAGGCGUUGAUGCCUCCGUCCUUCCACAAGCUGCGGAUUUCCGACGAGCUCGCCGGGUGCUUCGACGCCGGCGGCGGCGGAGGCGGAGGGGCGCAGGGGCCUACGGCCCUCGUGGUCAGCCCUUUCGGAAAGGUGUGGCGAGUGGAGGUCGGCCGCGACGGCGACGGCGCGUUCCUGGGGCGCGGGUGGCCGGAGUUCUUGGCCGCGCACGGCGUAGGCGUCGGCUGGUUCGUCGUGCUCCGCCACGCGGGCCGUGGCGCGCUCACCUUCAAGGCGUUCGACACCAGCUUCUGCAUCAAGGAGUUCGCAGCUCCGGCUGCAGUUAUGGCAUCUAGAAGCAGCAAAGGGGUUUCCUGUAAGCCACAGUUCAUCAGGAUUGUUUACCCCAAUUUGACAGAGAAGAUGAUAAUCCCUGCUAGGUUUGUGAAGCAUUAUGUCACUGAGGAGUACCUGAAUAGUCGAACAGCUGUCAUUUUCAGCCCCCUUGGCAAAUUCUGGCAGAUUGAACUUGAGAACAAUCCAUCAGGCAUGUUCUUCGCAGGUGGCUGGUCACAGUUUCUGGAGUUUCAUGGAAUAUCCAAAGGUGACGUUUUGCUCUUGAGAUAUGAAGGGAACAUGGUUUUCAAAGUCAAAGCAUUCGGGCUCAAUGGACACCAGAAAGAUUUCAAGAACCAGGAUGCUGGAAUUCUACUAAAUGUUGAAAUGCAACAAGAAUCACUUUCUCCCAUCAGGAAACGUAAAAACAAUGAUGAGAAGUCAAGCAGUAAAGAAAAUAAGAGGCCAAAAAGUUCAGUGACAUACUUGAACACGAAACUGCCACUGAAGAAACCUGACUAUCAGAUUGGGCCAUCAUCUUGGAUAAGGAAAGAGAUCAACACAUACGCGCUCGAGUGCCUUCUACCAUUGUCGAUAAAGUUCUGCCGCGGGAUUGGGUUCCAGAAUACUUGCACAAUCACGCUAAAGACAGAAAUAGACAGCACCAGGUCAUGGAAGGUUCAUGGUGCCACAUACAAGACCUACGGCUGCAUUCUAGGAUAUGGAUGGAAAAGCUUCUGCCAAGAGAACAGGAUCAAGACAGGCGACCUGUGCACUUUCAACAUCAUGGAGACUACGCUAUGGCAUGUCACUAUCAAGCGCUCACCAGCAUCAGCAGAUACGAAAAAGCAAAAGGAGUCACCUUGCUCAUCCAACAAGGAACAUGAGACUAAGUAGUGAAGAACGAGUGAGGCCAAAAGGUUCCACUAAUUCAUUAAGAUCUGUCUACGAGAUUGGGCCACCUUCUUGGGUACAGAAGGAG